GUCGAUCUUCCUGCGAGUCCCUCUGCUCUCCUGCCUCGCUAUCCCGCCCAUUCGCUCCAAUUGAAGACUGUUGUCGUAUUCCUCAACCAGUCUUUUCAUCAUGCCUCAGGAUAUGCCCCCCGUGGGGGGCUACGGGCCCGUUCAGUACAAGCGGAACAUCCCCGCCCGUGGCUUCCGCCCCGUCACCUACCUCAUCGGCAUGCACAUGGUCAUGGCCUGGGGCUACUACAAGCUCUUCCACGGUAUCCGCGAGCAACACGAGCUCGGCCGCGAGAAGAUCUGGGGCCGUCUGCACGUCCUCCCCCUCCUUCAAGCCGAAGAAGACCGCGACCAGGCCCGUCGCCAUUUCGCCGACAAGGCCCGCGAGAAGGAGCUCCUGGGCUCUGAGACCAAGGUGUACAACUCCGAUCGCUUCGUCCGCCCCACAUUCGCCUACCUCCCUGCCCAGCUUACCCAAUAAAUGCACCAAAGGGGGUUCGUCGGUGAUUGUUGGUGAUUGUGGUUGAGGGAGAUCGUUAUGUUUCGUGUUUUCAGCGCCAGAUUCAUGGGUCGGUUGGUUCGGGUGUCUUGUGUCUUGUGUCUUGCGGCAAGUGGUAUCACAAAUCAAUCAAGUCAAACCAACUAACAGGUGGCGCACUUGAUGGGGCAAGAGGGCGAGAGGAGAGAUAUUUGGCUUGGUUUGGCUUGAAAAUCUGUAUCUUGUAGAUAUACCGUCUGAGAGAGGUCUUCCUAUUGACCUAUAAAUGUUGUUUUGAU